AUGGCUAAACUGGACAAGAGAACUAGAAUAUUAGGCUUAGCAGCACUGGUACUGACGAUAUUUUUGCUGAUUACCAUUUCUCACUCCGAUGUUAGUAACGUUCAGAUCGUAGACCAGACUACAUCUGGCAAGGUAAAAAUACAGGUUGAAACACCAGAGAAGAUCCCGCCCAUUACACCUAAGGUACCGGCAGACAAGAGCGAUAUAGACCACAUGGUUAACCAGAAUGACAGAGUUGUUAACGAGAAGGGUGAAAUUGAUGAGAGCAAAGUCAAAGAUGCUGAAGAAUCCAGUAGUAACCCAAAACAAGUUGCCAAGAGUGAUGGUUUAACCAAAGAAACUGAGCCGUUUGACCCUGCCAAGGAGUUUGCAGAGAUUAUUUCCAUGUCACCAAUGGUUAUAUUUAGUAAGAGAGGAUGUCCAUUCUCCAAGAAGCUCAAGGCCAUGUUACAAAACAAUUAUGAGAUUACACCUGCUCCCACCAUCGUGGAGCUAGAUCUUCACACACAUGGACCUGAAUUGCAACAGUACAUUGGCGAGAUCACAGGUAGAUCCACUGUCCCUAAUUUGCUAGUGAAUGGAAUCUCCCGAGGGGGAUGCUCUGAAAUGCAAGAACUCCACGAUGCCAACAAGUUAUUGAGUAGCUUGACACAAUGGGCUGGUAAAAAGUUACAGAUUUCCAAGGUUAAUGCUCCAUCAAAUCAUUAA